AUGUCUCAAACUAAUAAUCAUGAUACUAGGGUUACGAAGAUUUUUGUGGGGAAUUUAACAUGGAGAACAACUGCAGAUGAUUUGAGAAGAUACUUUGAACAAUUCGGACAAGUGGUUGAUGCUAAUGUUGUUUCUGAAACUUAUCCUGGCAGAUCAAAAGGCUAUGGUUUUAUUACUUUUAGAGACUAUGUCUCUACAGUUAGAGCUCUUCAAAAUUCUAAACCCAUCAUUGAUGGAAGAACAACCAAUUGCAAUUUGGCUAGUGCUGGUGCAAAACAAAACAUGAAUCACCCUAACCUAAACGGAUCAUUCAAUUAUGUUAUACCGCCGCAUCAAUAUCAGCAAGCUCCUCAACACGUAAUUCCAUAUUGUCCUCCGCACACCUGGAAUCACGUUUGGGGACAAUAUAUUUACAUGUAUAACAACAACCCAUGUUAUUAUUACCCCACACAAAUGAUCCAUAACCGCAGUGAUUUUAUGACCCACCUUGCUUGGCAUCAGACAAACAGACGACCUGUCAUUAUUUCUACGCCUCCAAGAUCAUCGGUUCAAACUGAAAGCAUUAGCGAAACUGAUCAAGAACUCAUCGCGGAUGUUGCACAUCACGACAAUGAAGAGGCGGUUACAAAAUCAGAUAGUGAUGUUGAUCAACAAAAGGCAAAGAAUGUAAAAGGAAAGAACAUUGGACAAGACGGUGACAUCAAGCAAGAUGCAAGGGAUCAAGAAGAAAAGAUCAAUGACCAAGAAGAUAGUAUCAAGCAAGAUGUCGAUGAAGAGCAAAACAAGAUCAGUGGCAUCGAGAAAGUUGUGGAGAAUCAGGAAGUAAAGAUCAUGUGUGAACAAAAACAUGGCACAAAACAAGAUGAAGAUGUAACAAAAGAGUUUGAUUGUGGAAUCGAGGUCACACACCAAGACAAGAGGGUCUUUGAAGAAGUAGAUGAAGAUACACCAUAAGAAAAUGAAGUUGAUCAUGUA